UCGUUAUAUUACCUACGCGACAUCGGCGCGACAUACGUCUGGAGAGAAGAUCUUGCUUGAUUAUCAUCGUCAAAGGACAUGCAAUUUCUUCGAAUCCACGUCUGACAAGAAAAAAAAAACUCUUCAUCAUGGUUGUCAAGAUUUACAUUGAUACGCUAUCCCAGCCUUGCCGAUCGCUCAUCAUCUUCCUCAAGAACACCAAGAUUCCGUUCGAAUUGGUAACGGUCAACCUCCGAGAUGGUAGCCAUAUGAAACCAGAAUAUAGGAAGAUUACACCUCUGUGUACUGUACCAGCUAUUCAAGAUGGAGACUUUAGUAUGGGGGAAACCAUGGCAAUCAUUAGGUAUUUGGCGACGAAAUAUUCAGACCUAGUCCCUGACCAUUGGUACCCGAAGGAUCUAGAGAAAAGAGCCAGAGUUGAUGAAUACAUGGCCUUUCAUCAUACAGGAACCAGAGGAGGAUGCGGGCGUAUCUUUUACAGUGAGAUCGUUAUCCCAAUGUUAUCUGGAGGAAAGGAGCAUGCCUCGGAGGAAAAAUUGAAGAAUGACGAAGAAAAUCUUACCAAGCAACUUGAUAAGCUGGAGAAUGCUUUCUUACAGGACAAUGAUUGGUUGGUCGGGGAUGACAUCUCAGUCGCUGAUGUGCUGGCUGUUUCUGAGAUGAUGCAGAAUACCAUUAAUGGACGCGAUGUAACAGAGGGUCGACCUAAACUCAGGGCUUUUGUUGAUCGUGUGAAAACUCGCCUCAAUCCGACAUUUGACGAAACUCACGCAACUUUGUACGAAUUUAGGGCAAACUAUAAGAAAUAGAUGCCAAUCAUCACAUUCCUGAACCCAUUAUAAUUGUUAAAAUGUUCUAAUAAAUCAAUGAAUACCGGAUAUAACUUCUCCAAUAUGAACUCUAAAAGUGAAUUAGUUAAAUGACUACCUCUUUGGUCAGUUCGGUGCAAUUGACACAAGUCAUGUGUUGUAUAUCUUGUCAUAUAGUUUACUAUAUCAUAGCUACAGUGAUUCUGUCCAGGAAAUAGCCAAACAUUGCUAGAUUAACAGCUGCACCCUGGUUUAACCAUAGAGCUAUCUAUGGUUUAACCCUUUAUGCAGUAAUUUCUGACGAGUUUGUUUCAGAGCGAACUGUAAUCUUCUUUUCUACCUCCAUCAUGUCCAUGCUCAAACUGUUUAUUACCAUUUGGUCAAAUUUCCCUAUUUUUAUUUCAAUGGUCAUAUUCAACAAUGAGUAUUUUUUUCUAAAGUUGGACAAGAUUUGGGAAAUUGUGUUUUUAUAUCGUAUAUUUCUAUUUUCAACAAUUAGAAUAUGAUGCUUGGCACUUGAUAAACGCAAUAAACAUCAUUGAUACAUGAAAUAUCAGGUUGGGAGGCUACUAAAGUUAAAUUUGAGAGUCAGUGUUUGGUUUUUGUUUUGUUUUAUUUCUUAUAUACGUUUCUAUUACAAACGAUUACAAAAUUAUGCUUGGUUUAUAUAAGCAAUAAACAUACAACAAAAUAUUAGGCUGGGAAUAGAGGACGCUGCUAAAAAGCGGAGCUUGGAGUCAUCUAGAGUGUAGCAUCCUAAUUAAAAUAUUAUAAUAUACACAACAACAAAAGUAAGUCCCCCCUUAAACAAACAUCAAUAAUUUCCGAACCAAUGCGAGUUUUUAAUAUAUUUUUACAUGAGCGUGUAGGUAAUUUUAUAAGCUACCCUCUGAGUAAACGUUAUGGACGUAUUUCACUUCAUGCUUCAGUGAGCACCGUCAGAAGGCAAAAGUGUCACUUUUCAAAAGUCACAAGCCAAAUAUCAUGACUUUGAUUCCAUUUUAUUGGAACUAAUUCCACAUUCUCAUCAUAAAAAAUAGUCAGAAGGCUUGUAAAAGGUACUCUCUAAAAGACGAUACAACUUUUUUGGCUAAAUUUCACGGUUGAAUAAACACAAGUCCAAAUUUGCUAUAAUUGGAUUUUUUACACAUUUAUAUCAAUAAAAAUGAUAGAAUAUGAUAACAGUUAUUUUUGGAAGAGUUUCUUCAACAAUAUUCAUCGUUUCACGGUUCAAUGAACAUAUAUGGAAAACAAAAAAUACGAUUUUCAAAUAUCAUAGGCAAGUAUUGGUUCAUUUUGGGAACUGAAAAUGAUCUUUUCUCAACUUUUUCGUUAUGUUCAUGACCAAUUAACAUGCUUCAAUGAUUCAAAGGCGUUUAAUUAAAUAUCCACGCUUGAAUGAACAUGUGGAAUGCGAUUAGGUCUUAUUUACGUUAUUGGAAAAAAUGCAAUUUGUUACUAUGGAUAUCUGUCACAAACCUCCUUGCAUAGUUCAUUUGAUUGAUUUUUAUGAAAAUCCCGAUGUUUAAUGCAUCAGUGAGCACACAAUAUUCGAAAAUUAUUCAAAUGAGAAGAAAGUUCAAGGCCUUGGCCCCACUCUGUGUCGUAUCGAAUGGUUAUUUUGGUGUGCGCGCCUUUUGGAUAGUGUUACUCUGAAGUCAUGUACGAAGCUUCGUGAAAUAACUAUUGGCAGAAGUAACAAAAACCGUCCAUGAAACAAACCCUCAUUUCAUAUUUGUUAAAAUUUUGACUUUGUCUCUCAUAGACUUGUGUACAUUAUGGGUGCACAUGUUUAAGAAUAAGUAACCCCUUAUUCAAUAUGGUGGAACUUUUUUUCACGGCUGUCUUUAGCAAUGUCAUUUGGCAGUAAUGUUUAUCAACCUAUGGGCAGAAUUCUGUCAAAAAUGAAAUCGAUUUGGUUAUUUACGGAUGAGUGAGCACGCAUCAAAGUGGGAAAAUUUGUAUUUUCAAUGUCACAGACUCAUUAUAAAGGGUAAUAAAGUGAAUAUUGGGGGCAAAUUCGGUUUCAAAUAAGACUUAAAUUGCUAUUGUUUUAUCAUCCAUCAUUUCUAUCACCACACACUUUCCGAACUUUAAACAUUUUCAUGGUUGAGCGAGCACAUUCGAAAACUUAGGAAUGAAUACUCUUUAUACUGCAUAAAUGUAUUCUUUUCCUAAUAAUUUCUCAUGAUCAGUUUAAUUUAUGGACAAAUCAGUGGUGGGUCCAGAAUUUUAAAAUGGGGGAGGGGCCUAUAAUCGGGGUAGCCACCAACAUUUUCAAAUUUUAACAUGAUCUAAUAAGUUGUAGAGGAUAAGUUCAUAAAGUUCAUAAAAAUUUAUUUCCACAUUCGUAUACAUAAAAAGAUGUCAAAGACACCAGUACAUAGAAAACUUACAUAAUACAUCAGAAUACA